AUGUAUGUGGUUUUACAACAGCCAUGCUUGCCAACUAGCGACUUCUCUCCCUCGUUGAAGAAAGUUCCCGUAUUUCAAAGCGCCCUGCAGUGCUCUGUGCCCCCUCAUCAUGCGAUGGACUCGUCGGCGACGGAAGCGCCACUCUCCCCCUCAACGUCUCAGGAGCUAGCCCUGGUUUCUAUGUCGAUGGACAGCCAGGGAGGAACAAUGGGGGCACUUCAAGAUUCUGACUGCCCGCAAACCCCAGUAUCGCCUUCGAAGGAGGGGAGCCCAGAGACCGAUAGCAGCAUCCGCAUCACCCCCAAAGGCACAAAAGCUCAGCUGCAGCCAAAGGUGCAGCAACAGGCUAAGUCGAAGGAGGAACUGGAGUCUGAAGUUUCAACCAAACCUGCUGCCUCUUCGUUUUGUCUGUCAGCCAACGCACCGCCAUACACGCCGCAGUCCACAGCAGCAAAGGAGACACUCAGGGCGGGAGCCACUGCAGAGCCAGACGCUGUAAUAGCCACCUCUGAAUCGGGAACCAGUCCUCCUUCCGUUUCCCGACAGCAUCAGGACAGUUUGCAGCUGUGUGAUGCUGGUUCUGCUCCCGUUAAUAAAGCCUCUUCAGCUCCAACUGAGACCCGAGCACUUCGGCAAGCAGACCCCGCAGCAGUUAGUGCUGCAGGCGCAAUUCAGGCGCAACCAGACACUGUCAGCAACAGUCGGAAGAUAGUUAAGCCAAAUUCACAUCCACCAUCGACCAGUGUUCCACUCAAGUUCUGCAAGUUUCUUAUAGGCGAAGACGUGGCAGGUUUUCUUGUUGGGCGAAAGGGAGUUGGCAUUGAGGAAUUCCAAACCCGAAAUGGCCCAGGGCUGAAGGUUAGUGUGUCGAAGAGAGGCGAACUAUUCCCUUGCUUGCUAGAACGCACGGCGACUGCUGUGGGUGUCGGCGACGGUGUGGAGCGUGCUCUUUUGGAAGUUUCCAAGGUGGCACUCGACAGAGCAAUGCAUAAGGAGGAAGAAAGACGCAUAGACAAUGGCAAGAAAAUAUGCAAGCCCAAGGGGUGCUUUAAACUGGUGGUGCCCGAUUCCGCGUUGACCCACAUCUUCACGCCGGACUCUGAGGGGCGUGUGCCGGUGGUGGAAGUCGCGAAGAAACACGGGGUAGAGAUCCUAUCUUCGGCAGAGGGUGGUCAUUUACACAACAAGAUGCACCACUUAGGGAUGAAGGAAACCGUCCUGCAAGUAAUUGGCAACGCGGACUUGGUGCCAAGGGCCGUAGUGGACUUGUCGUUACUGUAUCAAGGAGACCCUUCUUUGCCUUCAUCUCUCCACCUCAAUUACUCCCACGCUCAUUUUGUUGCAGCUCCUCCUCCCCCUCCCACUCCUCCGCCAUCCCCAGCUCUCAGCAGCGCCUGUGGCAACCGCAUGCCUCCCUACUUUGCACAUCCCGCAGGGCUGCUGCAUUUGGCCAGCGGGUGCCAGCAACAAUUUGUACAUUCGAACGGCUGGAGCGCUACACCUCAGGCGGCGGCGCCUCUCCUCCACGCGUUGAGGGCGUCUGGAAGCUCCCAGACAUCCAUGCUCUGCAUGCCUUCUACGUUGAGCAGUACGGACAACUCGGUAGUGGCUCCGUCACAAACUGAACGGCUCAUGGGACCGCAGAUGCAAGGAUUUCAGGGCCAGGACCCGGCACCGUAUGCGCUGUCGAGCUCAGCCACUAUGGAUUAUCAGGGAGGGCGACACAAUAACGAAAAGGCCGCACACAGCUCACCAUCCCUAACGGAUGAUGGGCUUGUAGCGGAGCUUAAGCAACGGCUAGGGGCGGCUGUGGUGGCCGCUGCAGCAGCUAAUGCGACAGCUGCACAGUCCCAACCAUGCUUUGUCAGUCCGGAUUCCCAGUCGGCGGUGUGGAGCCAGCAGCAGCAAUUCCAUGAACCACAGCAACAUCUGGUAACCGGCGACUGCCAAGACUUGCAGCUUCUCAGUCAGUUGUGUGCGACUUAUCCGCGUCAAGCUCUUACCUCAAGGGAGCAGCAACAACAGAUCACUCCUUUGCAGAAUGGGCAACCGGGGCUGCUCCAGCAGCUUGAUGAGCUACAGCAGUCCCGACUGCAGCAGCAGAUGCCACAGGCGCCACACCAGCAUCCACAUCAGCUUUCUUCCAGCCACGCUGAAGACCUCAGCGCAUUGCGUUCGUUUGCACCCCCAUCGUCUCAGCUGAGCUUGCAGCAGCUGCAGAGUCAGCUGCAGUUGCAGCUACAAAUGUUGCAGCUGCAACAGAACGGGGGCGUGCACCUCAGAGAAAAUGGGCUUGUCGAUAGCGCUGCAUUGCGUGCGACAAGUGAACGAACUGACGAACAGAAAAAGCCGGUGCUGUUACCGCAGCAUCUUCAGCGGCUGCAGCAAUACUUGCAGCAGCAGCUUCAGCAGAACCCGCAGCAAACCCAAAGUCUCCAGUCAGGUCAACUUUACAGCGCUCCUGAUCACGGGGAUGUGCUAUCCAUUCAGUUGCAGGCACAGCCGCAGGUACAUGCGACGCCGUUGCACGACCAGCAUCAUCCACUAGAUUGGUCUGAGUCAAGGCGUGAACGGUUGCAGGAGCUGAGGCAGUUGCAUGAUGUGACUUUGGUUGGCCGAGCGCCUGGUGAUGCUGGCAAGCCGAAGCGGUGUGGAACCGAACUGCCGCAGCAUCAAUCUAAUGAAGAUCCACUCGAACUGCUUUCUCCAGUGCCGCCACCUUACUGGGCGCAGAUUUCGCAGCAGCAGCAGGCACAUCAAUCUCAGCAGCAAAAUGACUGGAGGUUGCCCAUAGGGUCGUCUCAGUGUAGUCCCUCUGCCACCUCGCCUGACCUUUCCCUACAGCUACCCCAGCAACCAUCUGCAUCCCUGAUCGCAGACGUACAUCAACAUUUUAACGGCACCCUUUCUGUUGACCAGCCACCAGUCGCCGCCUCUGCGCUGAAUCAGUCAGCUGCAGCACAGGGUUCCCUUCAGCCUGUGGCCUUGCCGUUCGCCCAGACUGAGGAAAGAAGAUGCGACCCGCUUGCUGUGCGCAAACUCUUAGAGGAGCUUCUCAAAAUCAUGAGCCCCUCUACAGGAUGCGAGGCCCCAAUUGCCCAAUGCAGCGGCGCACAGCUGACUGCUUUUACGCAGACGGCCAAAGCUACUCCAGCGGAAGGUGCUGCAGCGGAUAUCCCGAAGAUGACAACUACAACACAGGAGCCAGCAGCGCUUACUUUUGAACCUACAAAAGUGUGUCUUUCUAGGAAACAAACCGCAUAUCUCCUGCGCCCACUCAUCGAGGGUUGCAAAGUGCCUCGUUGCAGUCUUGAUAAGGAAUAUUUGUGA